AGCAAUCUGACAACAAAAAUGUAGGAAAAGCUUGUAAAAAGGGAUUUCAGUAUCCAGAAAGAAGCAGGCGGUGUUGGUAAGGCAAUUAUAAAAAAUUUUACUGCCAUUGUAACUGGAAAUGCAUUGGAGAUACGCUUUUAUUGGGCUGGAAAAGGGACAACUGGGCUGCCUGUUAGAGGAGUCUAUGGACCUCUCAUAUCGGCUAUUUCUGUGACACCUUAUUUUGUACCUCCUUCAGAAAAUAGCAGUAGUAAUGGUAUAUCCGCUGGCACUGUGAUUGGCAUUGUGGCUGCAGUAGUGGUUGUCGUCUUCCUGAUUCUAGGAAUUCUCUGGUGGAAAGGUUGUUUAGGACAGAAGAUCAGUAUGCGUCAUGAUUUGAAGGGCCUAGAAUUAAAAACAGGUUCUUUUACAUUGAGGCAAAUUAAAGCUGCUACAAACAACUUCGAUCCUGCUAAUAAAAUUGGAGAAGGUGGUUUUGGUCCUGUUUACAAGGGUGUUCUAUCAGAUGGAAACGUAAUUGCUGUAAAGCAGCUUUCCUCCAAAUCAAAACAAGGAAACCGUGAGUUUGUGAAUGAGAUUGGCAUGAUUUCUGCUCUGCAACACCCUCAUCUUGUAAAGCUAACGGAUGAUGCAUUGAAGGCAAUCAAUUAUUGUUGGUGUACGAGUACAUGGAAAAUAACAGCCUUGCUCGUGCUUUGUUUGGUCCUGAAGAAUACAGUUGAAUUUGGAUUGGGCAACAAGGCACAAGAUUUGUGUUGGUAUAGCAAAAGGUUUAGCUUAUCUUCAUGAAGAAUCAAGAUUGAAGAUCGUGCAUAGAGACAUCAAGGCCACCAAUGUGUUGCUUUGUUAGUUGAUUGUUU